AUGGCAACGCCUCAGUUAUUAGUUGGCAAAAUAUGCGGAAUUACAGGUGGAUUGACGGGAAUCGGGAGAGCAAUCGCUCUUGAAUAUCUCCGCCACGGCGCAAAAGUCGCCAUCAACCACCUCGGCGGCGCCAAUGACGACGCCCUCGUCGAAGCUUUCCAUAAAGAUGCCACUGAGGUCCUCUCAGGAGAAGAAGGGAAACGAUUCAUCACAGUCGCGGGCGACAUCUCCAAGCCCGAGACGGGGGCAAAUUUCGUCGCAAAGAUCGUCGAGACCUUUGGUCGACUAGAUAUUUUCGUGAGCAAUGCUGGGGUUUGUCAAUUUGCCGAGUUUCUCGACAUCGAACCAUCCCUCCUCAACCAAACCGUCAACAUCAACCUUUGCGGCGCGUUCUACGCGACCCAGGCAGCUGGCCGCCAAAUGGCUCUUCACCAAUCCCCUUCCGGCGGUUCGAUUAUCGGAAUUAGCUCAAUCUCUGCGCUCGUAGGCGGUGGGCAACAAUGUCACUACUGCCCGACCAAGGCCGGUGUUUUGUCAUUGAUCCAGUCGACCGCAGUGGCGCUAGGGAAAUACAAUAUCAGAUGCAACGCUCUUUUACCGGGUACUAUCCGGACGCAGCUGAAUGAUGCUGAUAUGAGUGACGAGAAGAAGCGGGCGUAUAUGGAAGGGAGGAUUCCGCUGGGAAGACUCGGGGCUCCCAAGGAUUUGGCUGGGCCGGCGGUGUUUUUGGCGUCGGACCAGCUUAGUGGUUAUGUGACUGGUGCCCAGAUUCUGGUCGAUGGCGGCUUGUUUGUGAAUCUACAAUAG